AUGACAACUCCAUCACGAAGGCGACUAAUGAGGGAUUUCAAGAAACUUCAGGAAGAUCCACCAGCUGGUGUUAGUGGUGCACCAACCGAAGACAAUAUACUAAUGUGGGAAGCAAUUAUAUUUGGACCUCAUGAUACACCUUUUGAAGAUGGCACUUUCAAGCUUACAUUAGAAUUUACUGAAGAGUACCCAAAUAAACCGCCAACUGUAAAAUUUGUUUCAAAAAUGUUUCAUCCAAAUGUCUAUGCAGAUGGCAGUAUUUGCCUUGAUAUUCUUCAGAAUCGAUGGUCGCCAACAUAUGACGUUGCUGCGAUUUUAACAUCCAUUCAAUCAUUGUUGGAUGAACCAAAUCCAAAUAGUCCUGCAAAUUCAUUAGCUGCCCAAUUGUAUCAAGAAAAUCGUCGAGAAUACGAAAAGAGGGUGCAACAAGUCGUUGAACAAUCAUGGCUAAAUUUUGGCGAAAAUGAAGGUGAAUUGGAAGCAAAAGAAAGUUUGGACACAAAUGAGGAUAAUGAUAAUGAAACAGGUCGUGAUGAAUCUCAAAUGCCUUCUGCAUCUGGUGUUUCUGGUUCUUCAGCCAGUGGUUCUCAAUCUCAUUCAUAA